AUGGUCUCUGGUCUCUUUCUCUUCUUCAGCGUGCUGAUACUGUGCUGGAGUCACUCUUCUGCGGCUCCAGCCAAUGUCAGACCAGUUCUUGUGCAUUUUCUGGCCACUGAGGGAAACACGGCGCUUCUCAGAUGUCCAAUAGGGAAUGUAGACUACUUCACAGUGACUUGGAGAAAGCAAGGAUCCGACAGUGAUCUCGCCACUUCUUCCGACUCCAGGAUUUCCACUGUCUUCAAGGACUCUGCUCACAGUCUACAGAUUGAGAACAUCCAAGAGAGUGACGCGGGAACUUACUAUUGUGUGGCAAAUUUUCCUCUCACUGUGGAGUAUUCAGUGAAAGUUCUUCCACCUCAAUUGCCCUCAAGUUCAGAGCCUUUGAUCACGCAUAUCACUGAGGAUCAGGAAAUUAACGUAGGCGAUGCAGUUGAGCUCAAUUGCACCAUUGCGAACGCCGAAGGAUUGCCAGUGAUUUGGACGAAAGACGGCAAAACUAUUCUCUCUGUUGGACAAGUAAAAAUAUCUCGUAAUCCUCGAAUUGCUCUCAACUUGGAUAUUCCGACUUAUGGACUCAGCAUAACAAAUGCUCAAGAGAGCGACGCUGGACGUUAUGAAUGCGUUAUUACCAGAGAUGUUCUCAUCAAGAAAAGUGUGGAGCUGAAGGUCAAUCAACCGCCUGUCGCUCUAAUAAAUCCACAGAAUUAAGUGGUUAAUUUUAUAUGACUAAAAUUAGACUCUAAAAUAGUGUUCAAUGUCAUGUUCUAUCAAAAAUAUAGUGUUGUUUUGAGAUUUCAUAUGAGUACAUUACCUGAAGCCUAAGGAA